AUGCGUAACAGGACGAGCCCGGCGUGUGAUCUUAUUGGUAGUGUGAACGUAAUCUAUCAUAAGACACACGCGGCUCUCCCUGUCUCGCUUAAUCAUCCCGAGACAAAAAUGAUCGAAGACUUGUUACGAAGGCGCUACUGUACUGUACAAAACGUAGCGACGCUACGACAAUCGCCAAUCAGCUACGGAGCUACGUCAAUCUGCGACGCGCUACGAAUCUACAAAACUCUACGACCCUCUACGGUGCUACGAUUCUAA